AAUAAUUUAAUUUAUAGUUAUAGUAUAGGAGGAGUGUAUAUACACCUCGUGUGCUUCUGCUGCACAGCUAUGCCUCUCGGAGCUAGCCAAACAGAGUUGCGAUCCUUAAAUUUCUUGGCUGUUUUGCCCAGGUAUCCAAACAGAUUGCGAUCGCGAGUCCGGAGGUCGGCAGCAUGAACCACCACCAGGCCCAGCCCGUCCGCACCGGCGACGUCUACCCACCGACCGCCGUCAAGCGAGAGGCGAGCCACGAGCGGGACAAGAUCAUUGAACAAGGAGAUCAGCGGGGCGGCGCCCUCCACGUCGACCAGACAGAUCUUCCCGCCGGCAGACGCAUGGUCACCGCCAGCGCAGGCGGCCAGGUGAUGGCACAGUUCACCGUGCCCGUGCCGGACACCAAGGUCGCGGAGGCCACGGACGCGGUCACCCUCGGCGAGGCCCUCCAUGCCGCGGCGCAGACGUCGGCGGGCGACAAGCCCGUGGACCUCGCCGACGCUGCGGCGCUGCAGGCCGCCGAGGCGCGCGCGACGGGGCUGGGCGGCAACGUACGCGGCGGCGUGGCGGCCGCCGCGCAGCAGGCCGCGGAGACGAACGCGAAGCGAGCGGAGGACGGCGGCGGUGGCGACAGGGUGACGCUCAGGGACGUGGUGGGCGGCGACGCCGCGGCGGCGAUGGCCGCCGACAAGGUGGCCACGAGGGAGGACGCCGAGAAGGUGGCGGCUGCCGCGGCGCGCAACGUGGGGAAGGGGGCCGGCGGUGGCGUCGCCGAGGCUGUCGUGGCGGCGGCGGAUAUGAACGAGGGGAGGAUGAUGUAACAGUGUAGUAUAUAGUUGACGUCUGUACUUGUAUCCUAGUACCGUUUUACGUGCGUUAAUAAUAAAUUCGACUCGUUUGGACCG